UCCUCCUCUAGAAAAAGCAUUAAUUUCAUAAUCUUUAAGCUGCUGGGAGGAAGCUCGCUCUUCAAUGGAUGGAGAUUGCAAGUUGUUUAAAAAGUCGAUUGAGAUGAUGAUGAAGCCGAUUCAGGAAGGUGCACGAUGAAAUGAGAGAGCUUAUCGCCAGAUCAAACCAAGCUUUAGCUUAGCAAGAGGAAGAUGUCGGUGGCUUCGUAACCGGUUUAAACCGAUACGAAACUGGAAACUAACUAAUUUUAUCAACUAAACCGGAUUUGUUGAGAUAGCCAUAGCCCCAAUCAGAUGAUUUUAGAAAGCCGACCAAAAUUAAUUUCAAAAUCAACCAGUGUGAUUGGGUUGGGGCGGGGGUUGAUUUUAUGAUAACUUUACAAAAGUAUAAGGGAAUAAAAAUAAAUUUAACUUUCGUCUUCGUUUCUCCUCAGCUCCAUUUGUAUAUAUAAAUAGAUAUAAGAGAAUACACUGACAUCAAUUAAUCUGCUCCGAAUCCAAGCUUAUUGUCUUUUUUUCUCCGAUAUUUUUAAUUUAAAAAAAAAAUUAGGUCAAUUGUUUAAUCAGAAAAUUAAGUUCUGUCCCCUUCCUUCCUUCCUUCUUUUUUUUUGGUCUAGAUUUAUUCCAGAUCAAGUAAUACUUAUUUUUUAAAACUCUUGACGUUUGCUUGCAGAGAUCCUCUGAAUCUGGUUGACACUAGAUGGGUUCUACUCCUAAGUCAGUUGUUGACAUGAUCGAAGCUUCCUCCAAGGUUCAUUACUCUGGUUUCCACAUGAACGGUCACAUCAAUGGAGUUGAACCAAGUGCGUUACAGGGAACCACCUCUGCUUCUGCUAUAUCAUCAGACAUUCAAAGGCAGCCUUUUGUGAUUGGUGUUGCUGGAGGCGCAGCAUCCGGAAAGACAUCUGUUUGUGAUAUGAUUAUUCAGCAAUUGCAUGAUCAGCGUGUUGUUCUUGUUAACCAGGACUCGUUCUACCACAGUUUGACUGAAGAAGAACUUGCUAGGGUUCAUGAGUACAACUUUGAUCAUCCAGACGCAUUUGACACGGACCAUUUGUUGUCUUGCAUGGAGAAACUGAGGCAAGGACAAGCGGUGGAUAUUCCAAAAUACGACUUCAAGACUUACAAAAGCAGCGUUUCUAGAAGGGUAAACCCUUCGGAUGUAAUAUUACUUGAAGGGAUACUUCUGUUCCAUGAUCCACGAGUCCGAGGAUUGAUGAACAUGAAGAUCUUUGUGGAUACAGAUGCUGAUGUACGCUUGGCAAGAAGGAUAAAACGAGAUACUUCUCAAAAUGAUAGAGAUAUUGGCACAGUACUCGACCAGUACUCAAAGUUUGUGAAGCCUGCUUUUGAUGACUUCAUUCUUCCAACGAAGAAGUAUGCAGACAUCAUCAUUCCUCGUGGUGGGGAUAAUCACGUAGCGAUUGACUUAAUCGUGCAACAUAUUUGCACCAAGCUGGGCCAGCAUGAUCUCUGUAAAAUAUACCCUAAUCUAUAUGUCAUACAAUCAACAUUUCAGAUACGAGGGAUGCACACACUUAUACGUGAUUCCCAGACAACCAAACAUGAUUUUGUCUUUUAUUCUGAUCGAUUGAUCCGAUUGGUUGUAGAGCAUGGACUUGGACAUCUGCCUUUUACUGAAAUGCAGGUCAUCACUCCCACCGGCUCUGUAUAUUCGGGUGUGGAUUUCUGUAAACGGUUAUGUGGUGUCUCUGUGAUUAGGAGUGGUGAGAGCAUGGAGAAUGCGUUGCGGGCAUGUUGCAAAGGUAUCAAAAUAGGGAAGAUCCUAAUUCACAGGGAAGGCGACAACGGUCAACAGCUUGUUUAUGAGAAACUGCCUAAUGAUAUCUCGGAAAGGCAUGUCCUCUUACUCGAUCCUAUCCUCGGCACAGGAAACUCAGCAGUUCAAGCUAUCAAUCUUCUUAUAAGCAAAGGUGUACCUGAAGGAAACAUCAUAUUUCUAAACCUUAUAAGCGCGCCUCAAGGUGUUCAUGUGGUGUGCAAGAAGUUUCCAAGAUUAAAGAUAGUUACAUCAGAGAUUGAACACGGUCUUAACGAAGAGUUCCGUGUCAUUCCCGGUAUGGGUGAAUUUGGAGACCGUUAUUUCGGUACCGACGAUGAUUAGAAGAUCGGUGAUACACACUUACAGCCAAAUCAUCUUUAAAAUCUUCUGGUUUACCUACCCCACAUAAAGAACCCUUCAAGCUCUGGGAACAAUUUUGAUUUACUUCAAGAAUACCCCCAGUGAGGGGUUUGAUUGAUCGAACUCAGAACUUGGAAUUCAUGUAUCUUACAUAUAUAUUAUGUAUCCUUAAAACUCUUGAUAAAAAAAAAAACUUCAUAUCCUUUUUAAUA